UGAGCGUUUCCUUUGUUGUGAUGAGUCCUCUACGUUAAAAGAGGAAAACGAAGCUACAAAGCGUGGGGCCUUGUAAUAGAGUUUUUGUACAAUUAACCAUAUUUACUAAUAAUUAUAUAUAUAUAUACACACAUACAGUUGUCAUCGGUUAUAAUGAGUGGCGGAGUGUAUGGAGGGGAUGAAGUAGGAGCCCUCGUGUUUGACAUUGGAUCCUACUCUGUCAGAGCCGGCUAUGCAGGAGAGGAUUGCCCCAAGGCUGAUUUCCCUACUGUGAUUGGAGUGACGUUGGACAGAGACGAUGGUACUACUCCAAUGGAAACAGAUGGGGAGAAGGGCAAACAAAGUGGCACAACGUACUACAUCGACACCAAUCAGCUGAGGGUGCCCCGGGAAAACAUGGAGGUCAUGUCACCUUUAAAAAACGGCAUGAUUGAGGACUGGGACAGCUUUCAAGCCAUUUUGGAUCACACCUACAAAAUGCACUUCAAAUCUGAGCCAAGCUUGCAUCCUGUACUAAUGUCGGAAGCCUCGUGGAACACACGAGCCAAGAGGGAGAAGCUGACGGAGCUCAUGUUUGAGCAUUAUAACAUUCCUGCUUUCUUCUUAUGUAAAACAGCAGUCUUAUCUGCAUUUGCCAAUGGGCGAUCCACGGGUUUAGUGUUGGAUAGUGGUGCAACACACACAACUGCUAUUCCAGUGCAUGAUGGUUAUGUCCUACAGCAAGGGAUUGUGAAGUCUCCACUUGCAGGUGACUUUAUGAGUAUGCAGUGUAGAGAACUGUUUCAAGAAUUAAAUGUUGAAAUAAUUCCUCCAUACAUGAUUGCAUCAAAGGACUCAGUACGUGAAGGUGCACCAGCCAGCUGGAAGAAAAAGGAAAAACUACCUCAAGUUACACGUUCAUGGCAUAACUACAUGUGUAAUACAGUUAUUCAAGAUUUUCAGGCAUCUGUCUUGCAAGUUUCAGAUUCACCUUAUGAUGAACAGGUGGCUGCUCAGAUGCCCACUGUUCAUUAUGAACUUCCUAACGGAUACAACUGCGACUUUGGAGCUGAAAGACUGAAGAUUCCAGAGGGGCUUUUUGACCCAUCCAAUGCAAAGGGCCUAUCAGGGAACACCAUGCUGGGAGUAGGCCACGUUGUGACUACAAGUGUCGGCAUGUGUGAUAUUGACAUCCGACCAGGUCUGUACGGCAGUGUAAUAGUUACUGGAGGAAACACCCUCAUCCAAGGAUUUACAGACAGACUAAACAGAGAACUCUCUCAGAAGACUCCACCGAGCAUGCGCUUAAAGUUAAUAGCCAACAAUACAACUGUGGAGCGUAGGUUCAGUGCCUGGAUUGGAGGUUCCAUUCUGGCUUCCCUGGGUACAUUUCAACAAAUGUGGAUUUCAAAGCAGGAGUAUGAGGAAGGGGGUAAACAGUGUGUUGACAGGAAAUGCCCUUGACCAACCCCUCCUGUGACUGCUUGUCCUUCAAUCUUCUAGAGAAGAGAGCACCACCACCUCUGGUAGUAAAAGCCUUCUUAGUGGACUCAGGAACUUAAAGGACACUUGUAUUAUUCCAAUACAAAAAAAAAAAAAGAGUCCCGCUUUCUUAUACUUGGUUUCUUGUUUUAUAACUCUCUAAUUGCCAUGGUCUCCUGCUUUUCUACACUCAGUAUUUUUAUAUUACAUUUGGCACUUCAGCGUUUCUAACCAUCUGUAUUUUAGAUAAUUCCAAGUCUUUUGGUACAUAUGCAGUUGUAAUCCAAUUUCAAAUCAGUUGCAGGACAAUUACAGGAGUAAACAAUACACACUGUUAGGACUGAGUUCCAUGGCAAAUUAUCAUUUAAGUUUUUAAUUAUUGAUUGGCCGUUUUGAAAAAUAAAGAUUUUUGUUACAA